GUGCAGUCUGUCAGAAACACUAGAGACGGGGUUUUUGUUCUGUCGGAAUUGCACGGUUCUGAGUAGACUUUUUUUCUUCUCAAGAGAACGAGUAAUGCUAUCGUGACGCUUGUGCAACAGAAUUGUGUUGCGCGAAAAACAGCAUUUAUAACAGUUUUCUUUUACGUUCUUCCAAAGAACGACAGUAUUUUACACCGGACUACUGCUAUAGCCAUUUUUGUAGUCCUACGCUAAACAAACGUGCCUCUUGUGAUCCGCAAUGGCGGAGACAAAUGGGGCCGCAAAUUUAAAUACGAAAAAUGGCAAUUUCAUCUGUGGCGUCGUCGAAGGAUUUUAUGGGCGACCUUGGACCACAGAACAAAGGAAGGAUUUAUUUCAAAAGUUAAAAAAAUGGGGAAUGGAUUCAUAUUUAUAUGCACCCAAAGAUGAUUACAAGCACCGUGCAUAUUGGAGAGAUUUAUAUACAGUAGAAGAAGCAGAACAUUUAACUGGAUUGAUAACAGCUGCGAGAGAAUGUGGCAUUACAUUUUAUUAUGCAUUGUCUCCAGGGUUGGAUAUUACUUAUUCAAGUUUAAAGGAAGUUACUAUAUUAAAAAGAAAAUUAGAGCAAGUUAGCCAAUUUGGGUGUACUGCAUUUGCUUUAUUAUUUGAUGAUAUAGAACCAGAAAUGAGUGAAGCAGAUAAAGAAGUAUUUCAAUCUUUUGCACAUGCACAAGUUUCUGUAACAAAUGAUAUUUUUCAACAUCUUGGUCAACCCAAAUUCCUAUUAUGUCCAACACAGUACUGUGCAACACGGGCAAUGCCAAAUGUAGCAUCUUCAGAAUAUCUUAACACGCUUGGUAGUAAAUUAGCUCAAGAAAUUGAUAUAAUGUGGACUGGUCCUAAAGUAAUAUCCAGACUUUUAACUGUUGAAUCCAUUGAGGAGAUUACAGAAGUUUUAAGAAGGCCACCAGUCAUAUGGGAUAAUUUACAUGCUAAUGAUUAUGAUCAGAAGAGAGUAUUCUUAGGACCAUAUGCUGGUAGAUCUCCUGAUCUAAUUCCUAAACUGAGAGGUGUUUUAACCAAUCCGAAUUGUGAAUAUGGUGCAAAUUUUAUAGCUAUCCAUACAUUAGCACAAUGGAGCAGAUGUAAUGUUGAUGGCAAAAGAGACUUAAGUUUGAAUGAUACUGUAUCAGCUGACAUAAAAUUGGAGACUGAAACAGAGGAUGGUGUCCUUGGUGAAGAUGUUCCUUCAACAAUGUCUCCAAACAUAUAUCAUCCACGGCACGCUUUGAAAAAUGCUAUUAAUGAUUGGUUAGUGGAAUUUAAUAAAAAACGGAAUGCAUGGGGUGUUAUAGCAAAACCACAACCAUGCGUUGCUCCAACAGUACCAAUUCCAAUAAUUCCCUCUGUGAAUACAUGUAUGAGUCUGACGUCGACGACGACUACAACUAGUGUUCCCGCAACGUCUACGCAAGUAAAUAAUUCCAAUCACCUUCAAGCAUUAGCCGAAGUUUGCUCAACUGUGACAGCCAGUGAUAGUUACAUACAAUCUUCCUCUGUUCCUGUUAUGAAUUCUUUGGUAUCUGAAACAACUGUUGUUAGCGAACCCAUUAUUCCAUCAAUUUCUACUAGUGUGGAAAAUGUACCAAGUUCAAAUAUUUUAUCAUCCAUGGAACCAAUGGAUUGUAACACAACACCUAAUAAUUCCCCAGCACAUACAGCCAAGAUUCAAACAGAGGAUGAUGCAAUGGUAGAAAAUACUUCUACAUGUAGUGAAGCCUCUGGAAGUAUGCAAGUGGAAGUGGAUGGCACUUCUCCUGUUGUAAAUGGUACACAGAUGAUCGUAGAAAACGAUAGUGAAAAUCAUGAUAGCGGCGAUAAUGCAGAUCAAGAGUCUCAGGAAUCGAUUGAUACCGAUAAGCGAUUGACGCAAGAAGACCUAUCACUAUUAUGCGAUCUUUUCUAUUUACCAUUUGAACACGGUGGUCAAGGCAUUCAGUUACUGCAAGAGUUUAACUGGUUGAAAAGUAAUGCUUAUGUUGUAAUGAGAAAGCAGAAAGAAGAUGAAACUGCAUCUGAAUCUGAUAUCGAAGAAUGGCAUACGCGGGCAGCUAAAUUAAACGACAUGUGCAAUGCUGUAAAUAGACUAUUUCAAAGACUUACAUACUGUAAUAAUCGUGAGUUGUUAUAUGAUCUGUAUUCGUAUGUAUGGGACAUGCGAGGAGUCGUGUCUCUCUUAAACAGUUACGUGAAAUGGUUGGCGUUUGGCAGAUUCCCGUCGACGAUGACAACGUUUACCCAGGGAAGCUAUACAUGGUUUUCAAAUGGCUGGAAAGAAACUUUUAUGAGUGGAGAUCAAGAACCAUGGGUAUUCCGUGGAGGACUUACUGCUGAUCUACAGAGAUUAAUUCCAGUGGACAGUGGUAAUGACUUAUUCGUUUAUAAAGCACCUGAAGUGCCCAGUAGUAAAAUCUACACAAUUAGGCCUUACUUAACAAGUGAUGAAAAUGCAGUUUAUGCUGUGUGCAAUAAAAUUUGUGGUUGUGUGGCAUCAUCUGCAGUUGCAGAUCGAUUAGUCGGCGGUUUUCUAACUCUGAGUCCAGAACUGUGUAUGGUUGUCGAAGAUGAAAAUGGUAUAGUAGGUUAUGCACUGGCUGCCUUAAAUGUAAAGACUUAUAAUCAGAAAUUAGCUGUUUCAUGGAUUCCUGAAUUACGAUUGAAAUAUCCAUUAGAGGACAAUAUUAAUGAAUUGCCGCAAAAUGUUCAGGAUGCCAUACGGUAUUUUCAUUCGUUUACUUCGGAUGUUUCUGAACAGUUGUGCAGACAACAUCCAUCGAUGCUGUUAUGCGCCAUAUUACCAGGUGUUACAGACCAAUCUGUCCCUAAAAGAUUAAUUACGUGUAUUCUCGCGGCUUUAAGAGCGAACGGUUCAUUCGGUGUACACACUAUAAUGUCAAGUAUGGAUAAAGAAUCUCACGAAUUUUAUAGUAAAUUAGGUUUUGUCGAUUUAAAUCUAGCGCACGAGGAACAUCCUGGAAUCAAAACAAUGUGUAGAAGUUUCUAACAAAGAGAGUAGAGGAAAAGAGAAUGCAGGCAGAUUUUAUAUUACACAAUUUUUAAUCACUCGUACUUCCUUUCUAAAAACUGUCCUACAAGAUAUCUGCCGUCUUAAACCAUAAGUAGGAAGAAGACAGAAAUGAAAAAAUCACCCAAAUGUGUUUAAUGAUGUAUGUGCAUAAGUUGCAUAUAUGACAUGAAGUAAGUCGCAAGUUUGAAGAAUGUAAAAGAAAGUAUAAAACGUGCAAUAGUAAUAUUUACACAGAGCAAAAAACGAAUCAAGACACAGAGGGAAAAUGAGGAUCUGUUAAUUUUAUGAAUAUUUGUGUCUGUGAGUACAAUGCUAUGGGAUUUUAGUAUAUCCAGUAUGCUUGUAUGUUAAUAGGAAAUCUUCUUAAAGAUCGAAGGAUGUACAUAACGUGUUGAAUGGGUGUAUGAUGAAACAAAGAAAAUGCCAGUAUGUGUGUUCAAUUAAUGAAUUAAUCGAAGCUUUUUAACCCAUUGAAAAAUAUUUUCUUAUCAAAACUAUGGGCGCGAAUGGCAAAAAAAUUAUGAGACAAGAGAAUAAAGACAGUUUUGUUCUAUUCAUUUUUGCUGUAAUGUCACAAAAGAAUAAGAAUACAAAGUCUAGUUUUUACAUCGGAUCCGCGUUUUUAAGAGAAUAAUCUAAUUUGUAGGUAUUGUACUGCCUGGUAACAAAAAUAUUCACUUCAAAGUGUGUAAAUAGUCAAUGUUUAAUACGCCUAUCGUAAGGCCUUUUUAUGUUUAACGCAUCGUCCUAAUUAAUGUUCUUGAUUACGCAGAUGUCGAUAUUAUUAACGAUUCCUAAUCGGCUCUACGGUCGCAUUACGUACGCAUAUGUGUAUGUAUUGUCACAGAAAGUGAUAUAUAUAUAGAAUUGUUUAAAAAAUAUUAUUUCAUUAGCAUUUGCUCGUACUCGAAAGCCGCUAGCUAAUUGCUUAUAUAUUUUAAAGCGUCCUGGACGUUGAAUAGCAUGUACGUUGUGUUUUAUACGAUUGUUUAUUUUAUUAAUGAUAAUAAGUUUUUGUCUUAUUACAAAUAACCGAAUCUGUAAUAAAAUAUGCAAAAAUUGUUUAUGUUCAGAAGAAAGCAGAUAAAGCGUAUGUAACACUAACAGUUAGGUCAUUACAUUGCUGGUUGGGUACUAACAAACUAGUUGUUUGUACUAUGUUAUAUGCAUCAGUGUAUCAAAUGUACAGAGCCAAGAUAGAAAGUAAUUAACGAAUAAGGUGAACAUACACAAUAGACACACGUAACGAGAGAAAAAGAACUCAAAUAAAUAUAGAAAUCUUAGAUAUCUGCCUUAUAAUUACAAUUGAUCAUAGUAUUACUAUAAAACAGUUGUAUCACGGACUAAAAUGUGAAUUUUUGACCCUAAAGGAAGGAUAAGAGUCGUAUUAGGAUUUGAGAUUCGGUGCCAUAUACAAAAAAGAAAAGAUUCGAUCGUCGUGAAAACUGUUAUAACUAUGAUAUCUAUUUUAAUUCGGAUUAUCACUUUGUAGAAUUUUUAUACCCGUCAUCCGUUUUCGCGAUGAUUGAAUAUAGAAAUGACAAAAAAGAAGAAAAAGUUAUCUUGACGGGAAGGCUGGAAAACAAAAACGCUUUUUAUAU